AUGUCUUCUGCUGCCUCUCAACAAUUUUUGAAAGCUAUUGCUGCUCGUCGUACUAUCUACUCUUUGAAGCCUGAAUUACCUAGCGGUGUUUCCAUCGAUGAUGUUCAAGCUGUUGUUCAAGCCAUCAUUAAGGACACCCCAACUUCCUUCAACAGUCAAAGCAACAGAGCUCUCAUUCUGACUGGUGAAGCCCAUAAGAAAGUCUGGGCUUCUGUUACCGAUGCUGUUGAAGGUGAAGCCGGUAAAAAGAGACCAGCUUCCAUCAGAGAUGAGGCUUACGGUUCUAUCAUCUUCUUCAGCGAUGAUAAGACUGUUGAACAAUUGAAGGCCAACUUCCCAGCAUGGGCUGGUGCCUUCCCAUCCUUCGCAGACCAAUCCAGUGGUGCAGCCCAAAUCUCUGCUUGGACUGCUCUUGAAUUGUUGGGUUUGGGUGGUCACUUGCAACAUUACAACGGCUAUGUCAAGGCUGCUUUGCCUGAAGGUGCUGCUCCUCAAGAAUGGAAUGUCACAGCUCAAUUAGUUUUCGGUGCCCCAGCUGCUCCAGCCGGUGAAAAGACCUUCAUCGAAAACCCAGUCAAGGUUCUAAACUAA